AGCUGAAGCAUUAAGAGUUCCUUUCACUGGAACUAAGGCGCCAAACCCAACCUCUGAAAAACAGCUAAAUCUAGUGUAUAUACAAGGGCCAUUUUAUUAGAAUUGUGUAUCUAUCAAAAGUGCAUUAAAAAGUUAGCACAGAUCAUUUUAACGCCAUAUAAUACCACACUAAUCACUUUCCCACCAUUAACUAAACCCGUCCCAUUGGUUGAGAGGUAGUUAAACGCUCAAAGCGCUACGUCAUGACGUCAUGACGUAGCGUCCUCUCAUGCGCCCUCUUUUUUUUUAAAGCUUUAAGCAUGUUGUAUAUUUGAGAGCGCGGAGACUCGCACAUCAGCACCUGUAGCUACAGUUUGUAUUUAUUUACAGGUUUGUUUAUUUUUGAUUAUUUCUAAAUAAGUGUCUUCUUUUUUUAGUGGAUUUACAGCGAAUUAUCUUAAAAUACAGCCGGCUUUUUUUUUUUACGAUUUAAAGCACACACACACACACAAUGUGGACUGAAAGCGGAUCAGCAGCAGAAACGGGAUUCUUACACAUCUUUGGAUUAUUUAGGAUUUUUACAGAUUUUAUUUCGUCUUAGAUUAUUAACAGAUUAUAGAUUUGGCUUCCAGCCGGAGAUGUGGAUUGCUCCUGAAGCGGCGGGUUGGCGGUAUAACGGGAAAUAGCGCAUCCGCCAUUUAUCUGGGACACUGAAGCAGAGUGCGGUGUUCAAGCGUCACCGACUUUUUUUAUUUCAAUUUAGCUCAUUUGCCCGGUGUCCUUCUUCCUAAUUAUUUGGUGUUUUUUGCUGUUUAAACUAUAAUUUCAAGACAGCUUAGGUGCCAUUAAUCAUCCAGUAGACUUUUAUAAACUCUUAUAAUCUGGACGUCUGUGUCACUGGAGUCUCUGACCUCUAUUUUCAGUCAGAUAAUAUAAAUAAAAUACGUGUGAGGCAUAUAAUCUAGUAUAAUAUAACAUUACAUAGAAAAUUGCAAGGGCAUACGGAUUAGGAGGCCUGCUGUGAAGUGAAAUAGCUUAGGCUUAGUAAGAGAGCUUUACAUUAACCCCCAACACCACAUUAAGCCUCUAUAAGACGCACAGAGAUCCAGGUGUUUUUAGAAAUCAUGGCAGAUGUGUCAGAAGAGGAGUCCAUGCCGGGAUACAGGCAGCUCUUCUCCACAGCCUGCAGCGUUAUGCUGGAUGCCUAUAGAAACUGUAAAGACUGUGGCAUCAAACUGUCCAUCCAGACCCUGCUGGAGCAUGCACACCUCACGCUUACAGAAAUCGUGCUCUUCUUCCUCUUUGUGGUGAUGUGGACCAGUCUGAGAUGGGCACUGACGCAUCAUCUGUUUCAGCCAUUCGCCCGGUGGUGUCGUCUCCAUCCCAAAGAUGUGAUGAAGAUGCCAGAAAGUGCUUGGAAGCUGGUCUUCUACACGAUGUCAUGGUUCUACUGCACCUACCUGCUCUUCUUCUGCAACUACGGCUUCUUCCACAACCCUUCCUCUGUCUUUUACAACUGGAAGAGCGGGAUGCAUGUACCCUUAGACAUCGCCUUCGUCUACUUGAUCCAGGGGAGCUUUUACGGCCACUCUAUCUACGCCACGAUUUACAUGGACGCAUGGAGGAAAGACUCCGCCGUCAUGCUGUUGCAUCACUUCAUCACUCUGGCACUGAUUGCAUUCUCCUACGCCUUCAGGUUCCACAAUAUCGGGAUCCUGGUGCUGUUCCUCCACGACAUUAACGACAUCCUGCUGGAGUUCACAAAACUCAACGUCUACUUCAAGAUCCGUGGAGGAAAAUUCUACAUGAUCAACGAUGUCCUGUCCAACAUGGGCUUUGUGGGCUUUGGUAUCACAUGGUUUUGCUUCCGACUGUACUGGUUUCCUCUCAAAGUGCUGUACGCCUCCUACAUCACCAGCCUGCAGUCUGUCCCCAACAUCCCUUUCUACUUUUUCUUCAACACUCUGCUGUUUGCACUUCUGCUUAUGAACAUCUACUGGUUCCUGUUCAUUGUGCAGAUGGUGGUGAAGGUUCUGAACGGGCAGUUGAAUGGGAUCAAUGAUGUACGAGAGUACGAAGAAAAUGAGGUCCAGGAAUCCCUCAAGGCUAAGAGCCAUAACUCCGGUCAUCAGAGCUCUGGAGAAGGGAAGCACAUGCAGAAUGGAACAACCAAGAAGCAUCAAUAAAAGCCUCAGUACUAUCACCUGCUGGCUCUCUACAGCAAUUGCAAUGAACAAAAAGGGCAAUUUGACUCUGGCACUCCAUCCAUACUAAAGGGAACAAAAAAAUUUUCCUGAUUUCUAGACUGUAAUUUUUUUUGUCCUCGUUUUAAUAAAACGUGAAUAUUGUUAGUGGAAUUGUAUUUAAAUGUCACAAAAACGGGUAGAAGUGAAGGUAAAAUUUUAUUGUUUGUCUGUGUAAAUUUUUAAUACCAAUAUGGGGCUGUUUAGUUCUUAGUUAUUCACACUUUUAAUUGGUUUAGAUGCAGGUUUUUUUUCUUUAAGGGUCCAUAAAUGAGAUUUACAUAGUAUUUCCCAAAGUUCCUAACAUGUAAAACUUUAUGGACACCAUUUUAACUCUACCAAAUCACCUAACAUACAUUUCUGAUGCACCACUCAGGAGCUUUGUGACUGUUUUGGGAUCCAGAUUUAUGCUUUUGUGUUAAAUCAACUAAUUUUACUACAGCUUCCUCUGAUUUUUUUAAUCUCUGAGAACCUGGUCCAUUUCCCAUGGCCCACCUUCUUUGAAAUCAUGUAGGUUUGACACUGAGUCCUAACACAAGUAUUCCCACAAUGCACUGCAAUGAAUUCCAUACCUCAUUCACUUUCACAGAAGGCACCUGUCAUCAUUGCAUAUUUGUACUCUAUAAACGAGAAGAUAGUCUACACAGGACAACUAGUGUUUACUAGAUAUACCAUUAAAGCCUUAUAAAAUGUUCCAUUUUUAGCCUCACUAAUAAAUAAGUGUUUUAGAACAAUCAUCUCUUGCCCAACCUCUGGAGAGCUCAAACCUGUUCACGUUAGAGGUUCGUGUGUAAGCAGUUUGUACUCUCAUUCCCCCUAGCUUAUACAGGAUUUUUUGUUUUGGUUUAGCAUAUGCAUGUUAAUGAACACAGUAAAUGUAUCAUAGAGCACUAUGUGAGUAUCAUGGUAUUUUUGACAGCGAGAGAGUGAACCUAAGUACACUUUCAUGUUAAUCAAUAUACCUUUUAUUAUCUCAUGAGCUUCAUAUAUGUUCAUGAAAAAUAAUCCCAUACUUUUUUUUUUGUUGUUGUUGGAUUCGACAGGAUUCCAUGUCUUUUUUUAUUCUAGCUGUAAAUGGUUGCACACAACCUGCUACUUUUCUUUCAGGACAGUAGUUCACCACUGGUUUUCACCUUUUGUUUCGCUUUCUGAACUCUGGGCUCCUAAUACUGGCCAUGUUGCCCGAGUGUGUGUGAAGUGACAUUAUCACUCAGGCUACAUGAUGUAGAUUAUAAUUAGAAGACCUCCUAACACCAUCACACAGCUUCAACAGUAAUGUAUUUCUGCACAAGUUCUCUAGUUUCCAGUGUUUAAAGGUGUUCAAUGUGCCAAAGGAGAACCUGAUGUACACCUUUGUUUAUCAGAAACCUUUACACCAUAUCGCUGUUGAAUGCUGGAUACUGGUCGAUGAGAUGGUAUCAAUUCGUUUUCUGUAACAGUAGUGCAGCUGAUUUCUAUGAAUGUGCUGGUAUCGUUACUAUAGUAACAGCUGAUUGACAGGGACUGGUAAUGUAGAUGCUAAGAAGACAUUUAUUAAACAUGUCUGGAUCCUAUUGCUGUGUUAUGAGAGGAAUAAUACAUUUCAGAAUAUGCUGCUAUUGGAAUAUAAUCAACUCUGGGGUGGUAAGAGUAACUUUGCUUCAUAUACAGUGUGUUAUGUUAUAGCCUUGAUUUGUGACCACAGAACCUCUCUGAUCUGGGCGGGGAUAUUUUUUGUUGCUGUUAUCUUCAGUCUUGCAGUAGAAAUGUCAUACACUGAAAGUUUUGUGCAUUGUUUAAUAAGAGAGUACAUAUUCAACAUUGAGCUGUAUCAAAGAACAGAAAUCUGCACUGUUUUUAUUGUUUCUUAGCAAAAAUAACUGAAUGGAGAAACAGGGCUUUUGAUUAAUUUCUUGAAUAUGGUAAAAAAAAAAAAAAAAAAUUGCCCUU